AUGUCAGCGUUGAGUACCAUCGAGUCCAGUGUUACGAGGUUACUUGUUGCUACGAAGCAUUUAUUGGAGAGCCUUACGCAAUGGGCUAAGGGAUCGGCAUCCGAAACCGAUAUAUCUGAUGCUUACGUUCAGUUGGGUAACGAAUUCAAGGUUGCGUGUAGAGCCUUCACAAAUGCUGGUGUUAAUGUUAGUGACCUGGGUGAUGUUCCACAUGCACUUCGGGUUGUCUUGGAAGAAGCACUAUGUGAGACACCAUCACAGGAGAGCCUUGAUAAGUAUUUGCCUUCGAUUAGAGAAAUCAUUGUCUCGUUAUUACAGAGCCUCAAGACGAAGCAGAACUUGGCUCGUGCGAUGAAAGCCAAUAAAGCUAGAGAUUCGCUGAGAUCAACACCAAGUGGCGAGCCAUCAGCAAGAAGCAGCGGCGUUGCUUCUUUGCCUCCUGCUGUUUCUGUCUCUCAACAAAGCUUCCAACAGGAGAAGCAAAAGUUUUUGCAUUCACCAGAUUCACAGCAAUCACAACAACAACAGCAGCAGCAGCAACAGAAACAGAAACAGCAUCAAAACCAGACAAAGAUUGAAAUACCUAAACAUAGGUCUGCAUCCGCUGGAGAUACAUCAGUUGGAGAUACACCAACCCCGUCGCACAGAGCUGUAUCGGACAAUGUAGAAACAGCUUCAAGACAUACAAACAAUGCUUUGGAACAACUACAGAAAGGGGAUUCUUUACAACGUCGUGCUUCAAGAAGAUUCUCUGCUUAUCAAUACGCUAAACUCACGAGUUUUUCUCCUGGUAAGGACCCUGAAUUGCCAGAUUCUUCCAUCUUGGAGAGAACCAAGAGCAAUAUGAGACGUAGUAAUUUGAGUACCACGUCAACUCCGGUCAGCAAGAUUGGCAAUAAAUCAAAUUCUAUCACUGUUUUUUUGAAGAUUCGUGAUCGUGUGAAGAAAUGUGAGCUGACAGCCCCUAUUACACUCACAACAUUGCGCUUGUUGUUUGUGGAAAAGUUUGCAUAUUCUCCUGGUUCAGGUCAGUUUCCAGAUAUUCUCAUAUUGGACAAAGAUGCUGGUGUUUCUUAUGAGCUAGAAGAGUCCAUGUUUUCAAGUAUAGAGGAUGGUUCCGUUCUUUCGUUAAAUGUCAGUGUGAAUGCUGACAUAAUGGAAACUGUUAACAAGAACAUUGAAAAGUUGAUGGAACAGUUCCAAGAGAAACAAAAGGAGUUUUUUCAGAGUACACGUGAUUAUAUAGAUAGCUCCACUACAGAUAUUCUGAAAAAGCUUGAAGAAAUGGUUGAGAAUUCUGUCACCAUUCAACAACAACAACCGCAACAACAAAGACCAUUGCAACAUGAAGCAGGAAAAGAACCUUUGGAAAAGGAAAUCAAGAAUCCAAGUACUACAAAGGAUAAGAACACUGCUAAUAUCCUCUCGGAUAUGUCUGACCUCUUGAACAUCAGACAUGAAAUUUCUGUGAUUAAGCAGAUCAAUAAUUCAAACAAAAUGGCGUUCAAGGCGUCCAUUGAUAAGGUUCUUCAGAAAGUCAACGAUUUCAAGUCAUUAUCGUUGGACUCUUCUAAGGCUUCGACUCGUACUUACAUGGAGGAAUCACAGCAGAAGUUAUCUAAGGAUUCGGAUGAGUUACUCACGAAAUUUGACGACGUCCAAGAUUUAAUCGAGGCAUUGAGAAAAGAUGUUGCUCAGAGAGGUGCACACCCUUCAGAGAAACAGCUGGACUAUGUUCAAAAACAACUUAAUGAGGCGCAGGGUGACUUGGAUAAUAUGGUAGAAUAUAUCAAGACUGAGAAACCAAACUGGAAAAAGAUCUGGGAAUCUGAACUGGAUACUGUUUGUCAAGAGCAACAGUUUCUCACACUGCAAGAGGAUUUGACAUUUGAUUUGAAGGAGGAUCUUGCUAAAGCCACAGAGACUUAUGAUCUGGUGAGACAAUGUUGUAUUGAACAAACUAAAAACCCGAGAACAAGAACAACAACGUUGCCCUUGGCAGAACCCGGAAGCCUUCCUCAAAUUAGAGACGCACUCCUCUCAGAAGUUGAAGCUUUGAAACCAAACCAUGACAGCCGUGUUGAGGCGAUUGAAAAGGCUGAGAAACUUAGAGCAAAGGAGAGACAGUUGGCAAUGAUGAACAAAUUUGAGGAAGAGCUGGGUGGCUUUGUCGAAGAUAGUAAACUCAAGAAAAGUGGUGGAAUUGAAGAAGUUGAUAGAGUACGUCGUAUGAAAGACGAACAAAACUUGAGGUCGAACUUUCCACCUCCUUUCUGA